AUGACCAAGUAUCGCUAUUUCAACGAUUCCCUUCUCUUACAGAUCUAUGCUCUUUACAAAGGGGACGACGUUCUCCGUUUGGAUGCCGAGUGUGCUGAAGGGAACAAUCCACAUCCAAAGAAUCUCAUUCAAGGUUCAAUCUACCUAAGCGUCGGCUCAUUCUUCAUCACUUUGUACGCAUUUUGUCUGAUUGCAAUGGCACAAGAAAAGUUUAUGAAAAUCAUUUGCUACAGAAUAUUAUUUGUCGUCGGUUUUGUCGAUAUUUUCAGUCUGGUUCCAAGCUCGAUUUUGCCCGGCUAUUUUCUGGUGAUGGGCUACUCGUUUUGCGACAGUCCACUGCUGAAUCUCUGGAUUGCAACACUGUGCUUCGCCGAUUGGUGCGUCUAUUGUGCGUUGAGUGUGGUGUUGGGGGUAAAUCGCUGCGUCGAUUUUAUCGGUCCCCAGUUGCAGCAGACACUAUUCGGCGGAUGGCGACUGGUGCUGUGGAUUCUCCCGCCAUUCAUCUACGGGGCCAGCGUCUACUUCACCUGCCCCCCACUCGUCUAUCUCACCCCCACGGCCAGCUAUUAUUUCGCGGCAAAGCCCGAGCACUCCAUUAUGCCAAUGAUAUUCUUGUAUAACAACAUCGGUGUGGCGAUUUGCAUCUUGUUUUUGAAUAGUCUCAUGCUGAUUUUGAUGUAUCGAGCCCAUCGAAAGAUGAAUGCGAACACGAACAAAAUACAAACAGUGAUUGCUAUUCAAUGCUUUGGGAUUUGCACGACGGUGAUGAUCACCGGCAUUUUCUAUUGUACAAUUUGCUCGGGUUUCAUCGUGCUUCCUCCAAUCAUGUACCUCGUCACUAAUGGCUCGUGGCAAUUCUCGAACAGUUCAAUGGCGAUUUUCUAUAUGGUGGUAAACAAAUCAAUGCGUAGAGAAGUGCUCAAACUUAUCUACCGAAUCACCCCGUUGGGAAGAAUUCAGCGAUACAAAGUCACCUCAUCGUCAAAUCAGACUGCU